AGGUUAUAAAAAGCAGCCGAUUUUCAUACAAGAAUAAACGCAUCCGUUAAUACAAAAAAAAAUAAAAAUAAAACGUUAUACUAUCGAAAGAUCCCCAGAAUCUGAAGCAGAGACACAAACACAAUGGUUGACAGCAACAUUAAUGAUGGCUUCCGGUACCUAAAUGUGAAACCAGGUACAGGAGGGCUUUGGAACCUGUUGAAGUACUCGCGGUGGGGCUCAAACCAUGGUGCGGAGACCGAUCACCGGUUUGUCAUAUUGGUGUCUAUCGUUGUAAUGGAACUCCUCCGUUUGUUCCGGAAGCCUAUGGAGUUCACUGGUUAUGUGGUCGAAUUCUUUCUCAACCUUAUAUCCCAAAAUGGAUCUCUAUGUGGCUUACUCUCAAACAUUCUCCAUGGAAAAGCAGUAAUACCAAAGAGGGGAACUGAUACUUUUAUUAGCAGUGUUGGACAACUAGAUUCGCGAGUGGAUCUCUAUAAAGCCAAGAAGCUAGUUGAUGAUUUGCAUAAAGCUGGUUCAUCUACUGCAGGAAUUGCAAAACUUGAAUCCAGUGUUCGAGAAACAAUGGAUCUAUGCAUGAUGGCAUCAAAACUGGCAUAUGAAAAUGCUCAAGUUGUUGAAAACGUCGUCGUUCGUCAUUGGAAGAUGCACUUUAUCGGCUUCUAUAACUGCUGGAACGAUUACCAAAAGGAGAAAUCUACUCAAGUUUUUCUUACAUGUGACAAGCCUAAGGACGCAUCUUUAAUAUUGAUCAGCUUUCGGGGCACCGAACCUUUCGAUGCCGACAAUUGGAGCACCGAUGUCGAUUACUCUUGGUACGAUUGUCAAAACGUAGGGAAAAUUCAUAUGGGAUUUCUUGAGGCAUUAGGAUUAGGCAACAGAGAAGAUAUUUCAACCUUUUAUUAUCAUCUUCAGACACAGGUCACAUAUCACACCUAUUCCGAAGCCGCAGAACAGUCCUCUAGCAUUGGGAAAACCGGCAUCCGAUUGUCAGAAAUGGCAGAUAUGAGUGCAUACUAUCUGGUGAGAGAAAAGCUGAGGAGCUUGCUUGUAGAGCACGAGAAUGCAAAGUUUGUAGUCACUGGACAUAGUUUAGGAGGGGCUUUGGCUAUAAUGUUCCCGAUUGUGCUUGCAAUACAUGGGGAGAUGGUGCUACUAGAGAAGUUGUUGAGAGUGUAUACAUUCGGACAGCCGAGGGUUGGGGACCGAAAGCUCAAGAAGUUCAUGGAACCUCAUUUGGAUCAACCGGUCCCCAAGUACUUUAGAGUGGUUUACUGCAACGAUGUGGUGCCUAGGUUGCCUUACGAUGAUAAAACCUUUUUGUAUAAGCAUUUUGGGACCUGCCUUUACUACAACAGUUUUUACAUUGAACAGACGGUGGAUGAGGAGCCAAAUAAAAACUACUUGGAGAUAAGCGAACUGAUCCCUGAAUAUGUGAAUGCGUUUUGGGAGUUAAUAAGAGGUUUGGCGGGGGGUUACAUAUAUGGACCGGAGUACAAGGAAGGAUGGUUCUCAAUUCUAUUUAGGGUUCUGGGAUUGGCAUUGCCCGGCGUGGCCGCUCAUUCCCCUACUGAUUAUAUCAAUUCUGUUCGACUCGGGCUUUCAACUACCUGAAGGUUACACUCAAUCCUUAUGUUUGGAUUGGAUGUAUGUUUAAUAUGUACAUUGAAAAUAAAGACCCACCCAACUCCACUUCUGAGGCCAAAGCAUUUGGUUUGAUGUUGC